CACAUUUACUCGCUCUUCUGGUUCAGGACUGCUGCUGAACAGCAAGUGCCAUGUCUCAGCCAGCUCUGAGGGUCAAAGGCAUCAACUACCUGAUAGAUGUCAACAGUAAGCUGCACCACACCUCAGAGUUUGUGACUCCAGAUCUAGUGGUCCGGAGGGGUCAGCCUUUCACCAUCAGGCUGGACCUGAAUCGAGAACUCUUUCCCCAGGACAAAGUGGUGCUUCAGCUCAGUCUUAAGCUCCAAGCCCAGAAGUUGCAGGACAUGACACUGCAUUUGACUAUGGGGCCAGGUGCAGAUCCCAGAGACUGGGGGGCCACUGUUGUCCACAAAGUCCAGCACCAGUGCGACGUGAAGGUGUGGACACCCGCCAAAGCCAAUGUGGGACAGUAUUUCCUUAGUGUGGAGACCGAAGACAACGUUACCUCCAAGCUGGAAAAAAGAUUUUUCUACCUGCUGUUCAACCCCUGGUGUGAAGAUGAUGAGGUGUUCCUAUCUGAUGAGAUCGCCCUUCAGGAGUAUGUUAUGAAUGACACAGGGUACAUUUAUGUGGGUCAUGCUAGUGACAUCACAGCCAUGCCUUGGAACUUUGGUCAGUUUGAGCAGCAUGUACUAGAGGUCUGCAUGGAAUUGCUUGCCAAAGCAGAAUUACAGCUGUCUGCAAGAGGGGAACCAGUCAGGGUGGCCAGGGCCAUGUCUGCUCUGGUCAAUUCUAAUGAUGACAAGGGCAUCCUGGUGGGCAGCUGGUCAGGAACCUACCCCUGUGGCACACACCCAGGAGAGUGGACAGGCAGCUCAGCCAUCCUGCAGAACUUCAGGCAGACAUCGAUGCCUGUGAGAUACGGACAGUGUUGGGUGUUCUCAGGAGUGCUUACAACAGUAAUGAGGGCCAUAGGGAUCCCCUGCCGGAGCAUCACUAACUUCACAUCAGCUCAUGACACCGGGGGGAAUGUCACAGUGGAUGUCUACAUUAACGAGAACGGCGAGAGACUGAGCGAUGUUACCAAGGACUCCAUCUGGAACUUCCACGUGUGGAAUGAUGUGUGGAUGAAACGGCCAGACCUUCCACAGGGCUAUGAUGGUUGGCAGGCCUUAGACUCAACCCCCCAGGAGAAGAGUCAAGGUAUCUUUCAGUGUGGCCCAGCACCUCUGUAUGCCAUAAAGAGCGGGGAGAUCAAGGUGCCUCAUGACACAAAGUUUGUGUUUGCGGAGGUGAACGCAGAUGUGGUCACCUGGAAGGUAGAGAAGUCUGGAUCUGGGCCGGAAAAAAUUAGCAAACUGAAGGUACAGCCCAGUAUGGUGGGAAGGAAUAUCAGCACUAAAGCACCUGGCAAGGACACUCGAGAGGACAUCACUCUCCAGUACAAAUUCCCUGAGGGUUCAACAGAGGAGAGGAGGGUGAUGGAUGCAGCAAAAGGAGGUUGUGUCCUAGAUGUCCCCAUGCAGGAACCUCAGUACGCCACUUUGGACAUCCUGUCUGAGAGCUCCACAUCCCUGGGGGCUCCAAUCACUCUCAGCCUGUCUGUAAAAAGUGAGGCCCCAGAGCCCCUGAGUCUCACCCUCAUGGUAGCUGUCCAACUCCAAGCCUACAACGGCAAAACCAUCAGUACCGUCAAGACCCUGAGGGAGAAAUUCACUUUAUCGCCUGGCACCUGCACUGUGGUACCCAUGAAAACAGAAGUCACAGAGUACCUGUCCUGUGUAUCCCAGCUGAGCGACAAUCUGCUUGUGAGAGUCACUGCCAUAGUUGAAAGCAACAAGCCACACUUCAUUUGCACAGAGGAUGCAAUCAUCACUUUCCAGUGGCCCCACAUCACUGUGGAUAUUCCAUCACAGGGUAGCCUGGGUAAGCCUUUUACCUGCACCUUCACCUUCAAGAACAAUACAGGCGUCACCAUGGAGAACUGCAAGCUACAGGUUGAAGGUCUAGGCCUCUUCAAACUUACCACUUUCAACAAGGGGGAUGUUGGAGUUGGUAUGAUCUUCCGCUCCAAGGUCAUUUGCAUCCCAAUCAGGACUGGCAGACGCAAGAUCAUUGCCAGGGUUACCUCCAAUCAGAUCAGCGGAAUCACAGCAGAAGGCUUCAUCAACAUUAGCUAAAUCAGAUGUUUGUCAUACAACGCCUAGCCCAGAAGCUUUUCUGUUAUUCCUAGGCAGCAGUGGCAUGUUUUUAUCAUCAUAUCUUCUCACAAUUACAAAUAAUGUAUAAGGUACAUAAGGUAAGCCAAAAACUUACUGUAUAUUGCCAAAAAUACAACUAUAUUUAUACCUUACAAAUCUUUUUUUGUACCUUUUACUUUGCAGGGUGU